AUGGCGGGUCGUGGCAGAGGAAGAGGGAAAGGAAGAGGAUUAUCGUUUGAUGUGGGAAUGAUUGGUUUUGGGCGUGGAGAAGCGUUACCUACCGCAAUACUUCAACCUCCUCCACUUUUUCCAGUAAGUGAAUUUCUCCUUGCUUGAAAUGUGUGAAUACAGAGGUAUUGCUGCUAGGCAAUUCUGCAGGGACGACUUUAUUCACUUUAUUAAAGAACGGGUCAUAUCACAAUAGAUCACAUAGAUGCUUUUGUUGUUUAUUGAGAUUGAAGUAGGUCGCAUUGCAUUCUAUAGAUUUCUCCCAAAUUUAUUCUCUUAUUUUACCAUACCAGCCACUUGAUGUGAAGCCAUUGCCACUCAGGCAGACAGAUGCUGAUGAAUACAUGCUGGCUCUGAAGCAGGAGUUGAGAGGAUGCAUGCGAGAGCUUCCUUACUUCAUCAAGACCUCGGUCAAAACAAAGGGUGAGUAAAAUUCAAUAUUUUCAAUCAAUAUAUGGCAAGAUGAAUCUGCAUUCUGAUUGGCUACCCAAGCAGGCACACUUGGAAUACCAAGUUGGUCUUAAAAGAAAAAGUUCUCUUUCUGGCCGUAUAAUAAAUCCUUUAUUGAGUAAGCUUAAUUGGUCAAGAUGGUUGGAUAUUGGCCUUGUUCUGUUUUUGCAUUUUUAUUGACCUCUCCGAGUAAAAACACAAAAAAGAAAUUGACCAAUAUCCCUCCCACUUUUCUUUCUAGCAGUCUUUGCUUGCCUUUUGGGUGCCUUACCCAAGUUAUUGGCUGCAUUGCCUGUGCAGGCUGGGGUGCCACAAUAAGUGAAGCCUGAGUUUGAAUGCAAUGACCUCUGACUAAUGCAUCAGUCAAUUCCAGCUGUGCCCAUAUAUUAUUAUUAUUAUUAUUAUUAUUAUUAUUAUUAUUAUUAUUAUUAUUAUUAUUAUUAUUAUUAUUAUUAUUAUUAUAGGAGGGUUCUCCAGAUUUCAAGUGACAGAGAUGAUCAAGGGAUUUUUUUGGGGGGGAGGGGGGGGGCAGGGGUGAGAAAUUUUCAGUUCCAGGAUUUUUGGGGGAUUAGAAAUUUGGCAAGUACUUUGUGGGUGGUUUGAUUUAAGUAAGGAUUUUUUGGGGUAUUCAAAACAAUCUGAAGAUUUGUAGUAUUGCCCACCUUUCCCGGCCUGUUUUAAUAUUUUUUGCUUCAUAUUGCAUGUGUUUCAUAGAACCAGCUAAUAAGGCUUGGAAAUUCAGCAUGGGAAUUUUGGGGGGUUAAUUUUUGGUCUAGGGACUUUUUUGGUUUUGUUGGGAUUUUUUUAGGCUUUGUGUUUUUGCCUAUCCUCCCUGCAGACGUCCCCUGGGGUUCGUUUGUUACGCAUUCAUUUCUCCCCCACAGAGAGAAAUGAAUGUGUGACGAACGAACCCCAAAGAACAUCUGCAGGGAGGCUAUUUUUUGCCCCCUUUGAUCAUCCCUGUCACUUGAAAUCCAGAGUACUCCACUGGGCCUUAACCGCUUUGUUCCACAGUUUUGUAUUCACCUCUUAAAGAGACCUUCAUAUUAUCUGUAGUACUUAAUUCUUUACCAACAUUUUUACAUGGUAGAUAUUGAGAGGUUCUCUGAUAGAUACAGAGAGAAGCAGACAGACAAAGGCUUAGAUUGGCAGCCAGGUAACAUCUCAGUUUUAUUAAUUUAUUAUAUUAUUUAUCUGACCUUAAAAGGUGUUGCUCAACAGAACAUGUUUUAAAGACUAAUCCAUCUCUCAGAAAAAAAAUCUCUCAUCCUUAACACACCUAAUCAGAAAUUUUCUUGCAUUUACAAACAAAAUGCAAAUGAACAACGUAAACUCCCUGAUAACGUUAUCUUGCAGACUGGAAGUUAUUUCCCAGCGAGCUUAAGAUUAAAGUGAGAAAACACCGCCUUAACAAGAGCGCAAGUAAGUACUUAGAAAGAACAUACCGUAUUUACAGGACUGAUUUUAAAAGUGCUGUGAUUUUUCUUUGCUUAACAAGUUCAUCGUAAAAUUUGUGAUUCAUGCAGGCAAAGAUUUCUAUUGAUGUUCUUUUAGGACCAAGGAUUCCAAGGCUGGAAGGGAAGAAUAAGAGAACAUCUGAUGCAGAAGCCUUGAAGCAACUUGAUGUAAGCUAUUAUACAGUCAUUAACUGAUUUAGCAUUCCAUUCCAGGAAAUUAAAGAUACACAUGUAGGAUUCUGACCCUACUGUAUAUGAUAUAGAUGGCACUGGAUUUGAAGAUUAUCAAAUGGGUUCAUUGAGGUACCCAGUCUCCUAUGAAGAAUUAUCCAGUUUUAGUAUAGAAUGACUAAAUUUAGUCAUUUAAUACUAAAAUGGGUGAAAAAGAUGUGAAGAAAUGGUUUUUAGCAUUUUUGAUAAACAGACUAUAAUAAUAUUCAACCUUUAUAAAACUACCAUUUUACGUUGAAGAAUAUUAUUGCAAACAUGCAUUAAUCUUAGGUUUUCCUUCAGUCAUAUCAAUUACACCCAGCUAAUUUUGAAAUGCAAAAUAAUAAGCCCCUCAGUGGAUGUGCCCCCUCCAAAAUAUUAUUAGCUCGUCCAAAAUUUCUUUUAAAAUAAGUCCUAAAGUUCUUCUGUUGGAAUUUUAUCUUGAGUUGGUAUCCACAGAGAACCUAGUCACCUAUUAGACUCAAGGAUUUCGGUUACAAAGCAAAGGAAACUGAUAAAAAUGCUAUAUAAGUAUAUGUGUUACUUUUAAUUCCAGGAAAUGGUUAAGAAGGAGGUGGAAGAAGAUCAGUCCGAAGGUAAAAAGGAAGAAGAAGCUGAGGACGAGAGUGGCGAUGAAGAGCUUGAAUAUGAUGAAGAAGAACAGGAAGAGGUAAAUACAAUUAUUGUAAAUAUUUGGUUUGAUUAACUGAAUGAAACCACAAUUUGCCAAUGCAGACUCCAAAAUAACGGCCAGUCAACAGACAAUUUCUGGCCAUGAUAAACACUUGUCCGGACAAACUUUCGGUUUGCUGGUCAUUUUGACCAGACACGUAAAAAAGCGACUAGAAAAAAAAUACAUUUUCACACCAUCACAUUUCAAGAGGACAAGCAUCUUUUUGCUCUUAAUGUUUUUGUUUGUUGGGCUAGUACAUUCAAGUUAUUACCCUUUUAUUUAUAACAUUUUGAGUGGUCAGAAGAGAGACGUGACCCAGCUAAAAUUUCUGUGGCCAGUCAACAUGACCGGCAACAGUCCCAAAUUUAUUUUGAGCCCUUCAAUGCAUAGCCUCCUUUGCAGACAUUCUAAUGCCUAAUGCAUGACGAACCCCUAAGAAGGUCUGCGUGGAGGGCUAUUCAAUGCAAACAUCAGCAAAGGAAAUAAAGAAAUUUAUUUUAAACCAAGUACUCUUCGUUUUCUUUGAUACUGUAUUUUGUUAAUCACAGUCCGACUGCAUCCCAUUCAGAAAGGUUCUCAUAAAAGGGGUGCAUAAGGUAAGGCCAUAAGUCACUGAUCUCACAGCAAAUUCUCCCAACAAAUUUAUAAGCAAACAUUAGGAUAUUUUACUAAAGAAUCUAGCAGGUUACCAGGCUGUCAUAACUGUAUUUAAUUGACAGUAUGGUUUACCUUGACAGGAAAAUGACUACUUGGUUUCCCAUUUUGAUGAUGACGAAGAUGCAUUCAUGGAUGAUGAUGACAUGGAUGAAGGGCCUAUAUACUGA